AAGUAGUUUCCGUCAUUACCGAUUUCAUAUAAACAAUAUUGAAUAAAAAAAACAAAAACGUUUUUCCAGAUGUUCUUCCCCUCUCUUCACGGUCACAAAUAUAAAUAAAUAACUCAGCAGACAAGUGUAAAAAAUUUCAAGUAAGCAACCAACAUCAACAUCAGCGUAGAACAUCCAAGACAACCUGAAGUGGAGGACGUUCUUUGUCUUCAUUACGUUCAUUAACCUAUCGCAAUAUACAUAUAUAUUUAUAUAAAAAACUUGUGACUAAAAUAUGUACAUUUUCUAAGCACGAGAUCUAGAACUCCAAGCUUGGAUUGGAUCCAUUCCAUCAACGCAGAUCCAAGAACCGAUUGCUCGAAUAUACUUCAUUACAUCUUCCAACUGAAAGCUCAACUCAAGUUCUGUCAUAAAGUAAAAUCUUUUGUCCUGAGCAAAGCUCUGGUGAUGUGGGAGCGAAUCCUUUGUUCGAUUGACGUCGUGACUUAAACUUGAAACUGUCAGUGUUUGGUUUUGGUAUAAAAAAUAUAUUAAAAAAUAUAGUUGGCAAGAAGUUGGUUGGUUCUGGUGUUCUCUCACCCAACAAGUCACUGUCUAUUUUUACAACAGAGACCAGGAUCGAUGAAUUUUUGUGUGUAAAUUAACUUGAAAUAGACCACGCGAUCUUCAGUCUUCUCUGCUGCGUAUUUAUAACGUAAAUAGAGCGAUGAAAGUUGCUAUUGAGGUUAACGAGUCGUUGGGCAAACAACUUGAGUGCUUGUUUUGUCAUUUAUACUUUAUUGUUGUUGCUAAUUAACCAGCGGUCAAUUGUCAUUAGAUAUAUAUUUUUUUUAUUAAUUACAAGGUGUCAUUAAAUAUUCAAAACUGAUAAAUCUGUACAGUGUUUAUCCGGUCAUAAUGGAUGACGAAACGGAUAUUUUAAUGCCAUUUAUCAAUCGGAUUUAUUCAAUGGCAAGAAUUGGUAUGUCAAUGACAUUAUACACUUUGUUGAGUGACAAGACUGAGGAACAAGUUAAUUCAAUAAUAAAUCAGAAAGUUCUGGAUGAAGAUGGACAGAAAAGCACGCCGCUGAUAAUAGCAGCGCGUUAUGGUCAUGACAGAGUAGUAAAAAUGUUUAUCGAUAAAUUUAAAAUGGAUAUUGAACAAGAGGGGACUGUUAAAUUCGACGGAUAUGUAAUUGAAGGAGCAAGUGCACUUUGGUGUGCAGCAGGUGCGGGGCAUCUCAGUGUUGUAAAGACUCUGGUUAAAGCUGGAGCUGACGUAAACCAUCCGACUCAUACUAAUUCUACGCCUCUGAGAGCGGCGUGUUUUGAUGGAAGGCUUGAUAUUGUUAAUUAUUUAAUUGAGCAUAAUGCUGAUAUUCAUAUCGCUAAUAAAUAUAACAAUACUUGUCUUAUGAUUGCUGCUCAUAAAGGACAUCUUGAUGUCGUGACAUUUUUACUUGAACAUAAAGCGGAUCCAAAUGUAAAAGCUCUUUGCGGAGCAACAGCUUUGCAUUUUGCAGCAGAGUGGGGUCAUGUCAACAUAGUAACGGAGUUACUAAAAUUUGGAGCCAAAAUGACUAAGAAUAACAGCGGAAUGACGCCUUUGAUUGCUGCUGCUGAUCGCACACGUGCUAAUAUCGUUGAGUGUUUUAUUGGAGAAAUGGAUAUUAGUCGGGAGGAUAAAAUAGAAGCUUACGAAUUACUCGGUGCAUCAUUUGCUAAUGAUAAAGAUAAUUAUUGUUUAUCAAGUGCUUAUAAAUAUCUUCAUAAAGCAAUGGAAUUGAGAUACGCAGAUCCGACAAAUAUAAUACGUAAAAAAUUGAAUGAACCCGUGUCGGCUUACGACAAUUGGAGAGAGAGUGAGACUUUGCAAAGACUUGAGAGUAUUAAGAAUGACGCGAAUGCUAUUCAUAUGGAAUCGUUGGCUAUCAGAGAAAGAAUACUGGGUACUCAUAAUCCAGAAGUACCACAGCCAAUUAUUUAUAGAGGUGCUGUACUUGCUGAUAAUGCUAGAUUUGAUAGAUGUAUUGAUUUGUGGCUUCAUGCUUUACACCUCAGGCAGCAGAACGAUACGUCUGUCGUUAAAGAUCUCUUACGAUUUGCCCAAGUAUUCUCACAAAUGAUUCAUGUUGGAGUGGAUUUACAGUUCACCCAAGUUAUGAAUGUACUUGAGUCAAGUGUAACGGAAUUAAGUAGGAAUAAAUUGAAAAUAAAUAACACGGAUGCUGAAGAAAUUGAACAGUAUCUUGAUGAAACAGAAUCUAAUAUAACGUCAGCGUUAUAUAUUUUGACGAUUCUCGUUAAAUUAAUGGCAUUGAACCAAAAGUCAUACGAUGAGAAAGAUAUAAAAAAGGCGCGUUAUCUUGUGUACAAAUUGUGCGCGUUAAAAAUGACUUUACGUGAUGGUCAAACUUUACUUCAUCUUGCGGUAAAUGCUAACACGCCAGUUGAUGAUUUUCAUACCAAUGACGUUUGCAAAUUCCCGUGUUGUGCGACAGCUAAACUACUAAUUGAGUGUGGCGCGGAUGUUAAUGCAAUGGAUAAUGAUAGAAAUACGCCAUUGCAUGUUAUAGUUGCUUAUGAAAAGCCUAUCAGUGAUUUUUUGACAUUGCACGGUAUUAUUGUGGAACUUAUAAAUGCAGGAGCUCAUGUUGAUACAGUAAAUAGUGACGGAAAAACUCCUUACGAUGCAGCAACGACUGGUGUUGCUGAAAUAGUAUUAAGAACACAAACACAACUGUCACUAAAAUGUAUGGCGGCAAAAGCUGUAAAAACAUACGGUCUGUCUUACACUGGAUAUGUUCCUCGUUCUCUUGAGAGUUUUAUUGAACUCCAUGGCCCAGGACUGAAUCAAGGAUAAUAAUUAUUAUUAUUAUUUAUUAUUAAUAAUAACUAUUUUUAAUGUUUAAGUAACACGAAUUUGAUAAUCGACUGUUUUUCAUUAUUAUUAUUAUUAUUGUUAUU